CUCAAGUCUGAGGUCCACUGACAUCUGUAGUUGCUAUGUUUACAUUUAUAGUGCGGGGUAAUAGAACUCCGUUAUUUUCACGAGUGACAUUUUAAAGAAAAAAAUGUUGACAUGAAAGUAUCAUGCACAGGAAACUUAUUUGUGAAUAAUCUGUAUUGUCAAAAAAGAAUAUGUAUAGAACUUUAAGAUGAAUAUCACACUAGGCACUGUUUUUGGUUACUUGAUAGUAGCUUUAUUUUGGGGCAUAACGAAUCCUUUUAUGAAAAAAGGCACACAAGGAAUAGAGACCGUCAAAUCAACAUCUGUUAUUGAUCAAUUUUUAAAAGAUGUAUAUUUCUUAGUGACCAAUCUUGAGUAUUUUAUACCCUUUCUAAUAAAUCAAAUUGGCUCUAUACUUAACAUUGUGUUACUUCAGCAAUCAAACUUAUCAUUGACUGUUGUGUCUGUAAAUUCCUUAACAUUUGUCAUCACAGCUUUGACUGGCAAACUUUUAGGAGAAGAAAGAGUUGAUUCUCAGACAUGUAUUGGAGCUUUCCUCAUCUUGAUGGGAACAUUUUUAUGCUGUAUCGGUUAAGAAAGUCUUGUAAAUAAAAGUUAUAGCAGUGGAAAAAUAUAAUCUUUGAA